UCAGUUUUGUUUGGAUAGGCCAACGGGCUGCAGCAGCGAUGAGGCACAUGCCCCGGCUCAUUGUCACGACUCCGCGUUUGGUGGAAGGGCAACAAUAGCCGCAGUAAUUGCGCCUUUUCAUUUGGGAGGAGUAAUCGGCAGCGACACAAAGACACCGCCAUCGCCAUCGCCAUCGCCACCAGGAUGUCGCACUUGCUGAGGCGCACCAAGAAGUCCUGUCUGAAGUUCCUGCGCAAGAUAUCCACCUCGAAGCAACUGUUCGUGCAGCGGCUGGACGAGGAGGAUGCCUACGACGAGGAAGUGGAGGCGGAGCUGCAGCGGGAACUGGCGCUGGAUGUGAACAGCAACUGCCAGGCGACGGAGGCCAUCUACGAGGAGCUGCAGCUGAGCGAGUGCAAGGAGGUGGAGGUGCCGCAGCAGGAAGCCGGAAGGCACGACCUCCGCACCAAGUACUUGGUGAGCUGCAGCAGCUACGAGGUGCUGGCCACCCUCUCCUCCAACAUCGAGUUCGAGCGGGUGAACUACAAGGAGAACGUGCGCUACCUGCGCCACACACCCUCCAAUUCCAGCCUGGAUCUGCAGCUGGAGGAGCAGCAGCAGCAGGAGCAGCAGCAGCAGCUGGACCAGCAGAAACACCAGCCAGUGCAGCAGCAUCAGAACGCCACUCCAAGGAGGGUGUUGCAGCAGCAGCAGAGGAUUUCCACGCCCAGCCGCUACCAUCCCUGCAGCAUCAGUCUGGGCUCCAAGCUGGAGGGCAACUACCACAACGUGGUGAUCAUGGAGCCGCCCCACGACGACUUCCCCAUCGUCAAGUGGGACAUCAACGGCAACUCCCUGGACGACGACGCCUGCGAUCGCUGGGAGGACUUCGAUGCCAGGUGGCGGCAGGCGGCGGCGGCCACCAGAUCCCUCUCGCAGUCCCAGAAGUCCAGCCACCAGUCGAGCUCCUGCACCUUGGAGACCUGGGUGGACGACACGGAACCCCUCAGCUUGGAGCUGCACCGCCACGAGAACGCGUCAGCCGUGAACAACUGUAAUCUUUGCCUUAGGAGCUUCUGAAUCCUCCAAUUCGGCGGCUCCAUGCCCUCCACUUUGCGUCCAGCGAUCGAGCACGAAAACCAGUCUUGUGAGAAUUACCUACAUAAACUAUACAUGUAAUCGAGUACUUUAGUCGGUAGAGCGCAAUUUUCAUUAUAGAAAGUUGUGUUCGAGAAUAUCCAUUAACGAAAUAAAACAAAGAGUGUGUGUACGAGUGUACGUGUGUGCGGCGCUCCUUUGGCUCCAUACCUUGAGUGACGCACUCCAGAACCCAGAAUACAGAACUCAGAACUUGGAACUCAGAACUUGGAACUCAGAACUGAGAACCCAGAACUC